AUGGCAGACCAGAACGUCGCAGCCCUUCUCGCCGCCCUCAGUAAUACUCAACUUCCUCAAGGCUUCCCAGGCCUCCCAGCCGCCCUCGGAGCUUCCACGGCCCAACAGCCCCAGCAGUCUGUAAAUUCGCCUCCGACUGGCUUUGCGCUUCCUCAACCGACUGCCUCUGGCUCGCUCGACCUUAGUAAGAUCAAGCCGACCGCGUCUGGACGGGUGUCUCUCGACGAUGCCCUCGCAAAGGUGAAAGCCAAAGCCGCGGAGAUGGGAGUUCACAGGGACCCCAGUAGCACUGGUACAGAUUCGCCUCGAUAUGACGAUCCAAGAGCCCGUUACGGUAGACGCUCUCGUUCGCGAUCUCGAUCACCGCCCGCUAGACGUGGCCCCGAUCCAUAUAGGGAUGCGUACAGCACUUUCCGCGACGAACGCCGAGGACGCACAGGCGCUGAGUAUGGGCGCGACCGAGAGCGCUCGUUCAGCCCCCAACGACGCGGCGGAAGCAUCAACGCCUACUCCCCACCCCCGCGGGGAGAACGCUUUGGUAGCCACAGAACGCGAUCGCCGCCGCCGGACAUGGAACAGAUUAACAUUGAUGCAUCUCUGGUCGGACUAAUCAUUGGACGUGGAGGCGAGAACCUGCGACGUGUUGAAUCUGAGACUGGUGCGCGAGUGCAAUUCAUGACAAAUGGCCACGACAGAGACAGUGGUGGUGAGAGAGUCUGCAACAUUCAAGGAACACGACCACAAAUUACUGCCGCGAGACGCGCAAUUGAUCUUAUCAUCCAGGAGAACGAGAAAUCUGGUGGGGCGGGUCCCCCAGCUCGCAAACCAGCACCUGCUCCUAGCGCAUAUGGAGGAAUGUCGCAAAUGAACCAAGGUCCAGGUCCUGCGGGUCCAGGAGCGCCCAAUUUGAGGGACGGAGAAGAGAGCACACAAAUAUUUGUUCCCGAUCGAACUGUUGGUCUCAUUAUCGGACGUGGCGGUGAAACUAUCCGUGACAUUCAAGACAAAUCCGGCUGCCAUGUGAAUAUCGUAGGCGAAGCGAAGAGUCAGAACGGUCAGCGGCCUGUGAACCUCAUCGGCUCUGCCCAAGCCUCGGAAUACGCCAGGCGGUUGAUAAUGGAAAUUGUCGAAAGUGAUACCAACGGUGGGCCUCCCGGACCUCCAGUGAGGGCGCCCCCAUCUCAGCAACAGCAGCCGCCGCCGCAGCAGCAGCAACAGCAGCAGCAGCAACAACAACAUUAUGGUGGGGGUGGUGAUGGUGGUGGUGGUACGGGUCCCAGAAUUACAGAGACCAUAAAGGUGCCGAUUGAUGCCGUCGGAAUGAUCAUUGGAAAGGGUGGAGAGACAAUUAAGGAAAUGCAAAAUUCGACUGGGUGCAGAAUCAAUGUCUCCAGCCAGUUCAAUCCAAAUGAUCAAGAGCGUGAAAUCUCUCUAGCAGGCAACCGAGAUGCUAUUGCGCGUGCACGCCAGGCCAUAGACGAGAAAGUCGAGGCAUCGUCAUGGGGUGGAUAUGGAGGCGGUCAAUCGGCAGCUGCUCCCACCCCGGCUGCUGCUGUUGUUGUUGCCCCAGCGGCAGAUGAUCCGUACGCUGCGUAUGGCGGUUACCAGGCCUAUUGUGCUAUGUACUAUGCCGCCGUGUUGCAGCAGCAAGCAGCAGCCGGAAGUGCGCCGGGCGCUUCUGGUCCGCCUGGUACCUAA